GGUGCGCGCGCGCGAAUUAAUUUUGUCGAAAUGCUCUGCAUGGACACAUGCUUUUUAGCGCGUUUUGGCUCGGUUGCCGGCGCCGUCGUCACCGCGCCGUUUCUGCCGGUCGGUCGAUCGAUGGGCAGACAAUACCUUUGUGGCUACAGGCUGCCUGCGCUGCAUGUGUGCGCGAUCUGCAAAUCCGAACUGACUGGAAGCAAAAUAACAACAAUGAGGUCCGUGCGCGCGGCGGCGGCGGCUGUCGUCAGUUCGACUUGAGUGUGGAGAAACGCCAACGAUAACAGAUUUUGGUAUAAUUUUUUAUUUUUCGAAAAUAAAUGCUUCAGUUAUCGAGUGGAGCGCGUCGCGUGCAGAACGGUUUCUAGUUCCGAUCUCCUUUUUUUUUUCGUCGGUUGGGCUGGGGUUGAGGGUGGUGAAUCGUUGUGAGUUUGGGGUUGAAUGCAAUGCAAUUGAUUGGUUUAUGAAACGAAGACAAGUGGCUAUUGAAACAUAUCACAGAAGUGUGCCUUGUGAGAAAGUGUUGAUGUGUUGUGUCAAUUCAGGUGCAUUGAAAAUCAUAUAGAACAAAUCUGGAGAAUCAAAGCAUUAGGAGCAAAAUUAGAAGAUGCUUCUUCCCAUCUCUCUCGUCCUUCUGCUGCCUCUCGCCGAUGGCUUAGCGCCACCGGUGCGCGUUGCCGUGUCGGGCAACUUCUUCGAAAUGCUCUUCGACGAGACCAGUAUAUUUCUGCGCAAUGACACGGUGAAGCGCAUCCCCGACACUAAUCACUUCCGCAAAGAGUACGAUUUCAUUGUGAUCGGUGCCGGUUCGGCUGGAUCCGUGGUCGCGAGCCGCCUGUCGGAAGUCAAAGACUGGAACGUUCUGCUGCUGGAAGCCGGAAAAGACGAGAACAUGCUUACCGAUGUCCCGUUGACAGCUGGAUUGACUACCCUCACAGGUUACAACUGGGGCUACCGGGCUGACCCAAUGGACGGUGCCUGUCUAGGUCUGCAGGAUGGUGUUUGCAGUUGGCCCAAAGGCCGUGGCCUGGGUGGAACCAGUUUGAUCAAUUUCCUCAUCUACACCCGCGGUCACAGAAAAGACUACGACGAUUGGGAACGAGCGGGGAAUACGGGGUGGGGAUAUCGCGAGGUACUGAAGUAUUUCAAGAAGUCUGAAAGGGUUAAGAUUAACGGCUUGAAACGAUCCCCGUAUCAUUCCGGUGAGGGAUAUCUUGAUGUGGAACACUCAUCCUAUGAAACCCCGAUGUUACGGUCGUUUAUCGAAGCAGGAAAACAGAUGGGCUACAUGGAGACCGAUCCUAAUGGAGAGAGCUUGUUGGGAUUCUCCAAGGCUCAAGCAACCAUGCGCAACGGAAGGCGUUGCAGCACGGCUAAGGCGUUUUUAAGGCCUGCCGCUUACAGGCCAAAUUUACACAUAUCCACGCUCUCGAGAGUGACGCGGAUCCUGAUUGAUCCUAUUACGAAAUCCGCAUAUGGUGUGGAAUUCCUGAAACACAAACGACGAUACGCGGUUAAGGCCAGUAAAGAAGUUAUUUUGUCGGCGGGAGCUAUUGCUUCACCCCAGCUACUGAUGCUAUCGGGUGUAGGACCUAAGGAGCACCUUGAGGAAGUGGGCGUUCCAGUGGUGAAGGACCUUAGGGUAGGCUUCAAUCUGCAAGAUCACGUGACAUUGCCUGGAAUGGUGUUCACCGUCAAUCAACCGGUUACGGUUCGAGAACGAGAUAUGCGAGCGCCUCCGGUUGUAUUGGACUAUUUGCUCAACGGAAGAGGACCGUUUACGAUUCCUGGAGGUGCCGAAGGCGUUGCCUUCGUUAAAACGAACAUUUCGUUCUUGCAUCCGGACGUUCCAGAUGUAGAGUUGGUCCUUGGAACUGGGGCUUUCAACAACGAUGAUUCGGGAUCACUUCGAACGGCGUUCGGCUUAUCGAAGGAGUUCUACGAGAAUACCUACGGUACAAUCAUGGGCAAGCAUGCGUUUGCCAUUUCACCGGUUUUGCUGAAGCCCAAAAGCCGAGGACGAAUCAUGCUGAAAAGUCGAAAUCCGUUCCAUUGGCCGAGGAUGCAGGGGAAUUUCUAUCAGGACUAUGAUGACCUACGGGUGCUUCGAGAGGGCGUUAAGUUGGCAGUACAAAUAGGAGAAUCCUCCAAAUUUGCCAGAUUUGGGGCCAAAUUGCAUCAGACGCCGUUCUUCGGAUGCGGACAUCAUCGUUUCAAAAGUGAUGAAUACUGGGAGUGCUGCAUUCGAAGAAUCGGAACGAGUUUACAACAUCAGUCGGGGACGUGUAAAAUGGGCCCUCCCAGUGAUCAGAGCGCAGUGGUAAAUCCGGAGCUACUGGUCUACGGCAUCAGAGGCCUUCGGGUGGCGGAUUGUUCAAUAAUGCCUGAGAUUGCGGCUUCUCACACAAAUGCCGUGGCCAUAAUGAUCGGCGAGAAGGCGGCCGACAUGAUCAAAGAGUACUGGAGUAAUGAGAUCCGAUAGACGGGUUUUUCGGUUCUAGAUAAAGGAAGGUUUUCUAGUCAAAUAAAAACGAAUUAGAAUUAAGUGUUAGAGUCAAACGACAUAUUGCUCAAUUUACUGGCAUUAUUACUUCUGAAAAGUGCGGUGCACCUAUGACUUCUUAGCAUGAAAGUGUGUUUUUUUUGUGUUCUAGGUUACAUUCAAUGAUGAACAUUUAUGCCAAUGCAUGUACAUAGAAGUAACGAAAAAUGCAAAUCAUAGACUAGUGAAAAUACAAGACUUUUUCAUAAAAUAAAAGAUUUAUUUUAUUGUUAGAGAAAACCGUACAUUCAAACCUAAAUUCCGAUUAAAAGCAUAACAAAAUAUUGUUCAUUCUCACCACCAAAAAGGUAGUCAAAGUUUGCCCCUCGGUAAUUUAAAGUUUUCUCGUAACGAAAUUAUUACUUGAUUACUUUUAUAUUAUUAAUUGUUUUUUCAAUCUUGACGGAGUUUCCUUUAACAGAGAAGUUUUCUUGUUUAUGUAUUUCCGAGCUGUUGUGGUAACUCUCAC